UAGCAACCUUUGUCUUUGUGCGUCUUCUUUUUCACCCAGCCUUUGCGUGCUCAGAGACAGAGUCAGCCUUUGGACGGUGCCAUUUGCUGACUUGGACUCUCGCUCUCUCUCUCUCUGCUCUCUCUCUCCUCUCUGAUUAGCUGAUGGAGUAGUAUACAUUUCUAUAUUUGUCAUUCAACACACAGCUUUUUUAGCCUUUUCUCACUUUCAAACCAUCACCCACCCCUCUCUCUCAUACCACCAGUGAACAAUUCCUGUCUUUACCGUUUGAAUUUUCUGCUUCUCUCUAUCUCGGAUGUUGCAACUACCCAUGCUUAUUUUCUUCCUCCUUUCACUAUACAAACAGUAUUUCCCCUCAUCCUAGUCUCUGCAAAAUUCCUUUUUUUUACCUCUUGAAAAUUAAAAACUUGAAGAAAGGACUGUUUGGUUGUUGGGUUUAUGUUGUGUAGUUAAAGUAUUGACUUUUGGACAUACGUUUAGUUGGGUCAACCACUUUCGCCUUUUGCUUCAGAAUUUGCUGCUGCCAUAUCGACCCUUUUGGGAUUCAAAAGCUUGACGAUUUUUUCCUAGGGUUUAUGGAUGUGCCCUUUUUUCCCCUCUUUCGUAUAUGAUUGGGGCUCGAGUUAUCAUUAGGUGAUUGUGUCAAAAAGAUUGCAAUAUGGUUGCAAAAGACCAUAAGAAGAUCACUGGAUCUCCUAUACAAGUUGGAGAGAUAGAUACAAGUGCACCAUUUCAGUCUGUCAAAGAUGCUGUUAACUUGUUUGGGGAAGGUGCUUUCUCAGGGGAAAAACCAGCAAUCAAGAAGGCAAAACCUCAGUCCGCAGAGAGGGUAUUGGCAAAGGAAACACAGCUUCAUUUAGCCCAGAAAGAGCUAAACAAGUUGAAGGAGCAGUUGAAAAAUGCUGAAACCACAAAAGACCAAGCACUCACCGAGCUUGAAAGGGCAAAACGCACUGUUGGGGACCUCACCCAUAAGCUCAAACUUGUAUGUGAGUCAAAGGAUUCAGCUAUAAAGGCAACAGAAGCAGCAAAGAGUCAGGUGAACCAUCUUGAAGAAGCAAAUGAUGGCUCUGUUAUUGGGAAUGAUGGUUCUUGGAAGGUGGAUUUGGAAACUGCGAGAGAAAAGUAUAUGGCUGAAAUAGCUGAUCUUAAUACCGCAAAGCAAGAGCUUAGGAAAAUCCGUCAGGAUUGUAAUACAUCUAUGGAAGAAAAAGCUGUCGCUAUUGAGCAGGCAGCAGAAGCUGGGCGUACUGCCAAAGCAAACGUGGAAAGAGCUAGUGAGCUCUCCAAGGAAAUAGCAGCUGUCCAGGAGUCAAUUAAUCAACUAAAACUUGCCUGUGUGCAGGAGCGGGAGGAGGAAGCAAAGAUUUAUGCUGAAAAGGAUGUUCAGAAGCAGUCCUACAAAGCUAAACUUGAAGAGUCAGCAGAGAAGUUACUUGCAUUGAGGAAAGAAACCAAUGGGGACAUAGCCAGGAGUCUGGAAGCACAAUUGGCUGAAACAACAUCCCAAAUUGAAGCUCUGCGAAAAGAGAUGGAUAGCACGAAGUCUUCUGACCUUGAUACAGUGACAGCUGUUACUGCAGAGCUGGAUGAUGCUAAGGAAUCACUGCAUAAAGUGGCAGAAGAAGAGAGCACUCUGCAGACCUUGUUAGAGACCCUUAAACUGGAGCUGGAGAAUGUGAAGAAAGAACAUUCUGAUCUGAAAGAGAAGGAGGCGGAGACAGAAUCACUUGCUGUGGGUCUGCACAUCAAGCUCCGGAAAGUCAAAUCUGAGCUUGAAGUAGCAGUUGCAGAAGAAUCCAGAGCAAGAGGGGCUUCCGAAGAAAUGAUCUCUACUCUCCAUCAGCUGACCUUGGAGACUGAAAAUGCCAAGCUUGAAGCUGAAGAGAUGAAAAAGCAAGCAGAAGAAUUAAAGAGAGAAGCAGAAGCCACUAGAAUGGCAUUUGAAGAAGCAGAAAAGAAGCUUAAAGUGGCGAUGGAAGAAGCUGAAGAAGCAAAAUCAGCUGAGGCUGGGGCUCGUGAUGAAAUUAAGAUUUUAUCUGAAAAGAACGCGACUGCACGAUCCUCAAUGUCCGAGUCUGGUUCUCAUAUCACUUUAUCAAAAGACGAGUUUGACUCUUUGAGCCGUAAAGUUGAAGAAUUUGAUAAAUUAGCAGAAAUUAGAGUGGGAGCUGUAAUAGCUCAGGUAGAGGCCGUGAAAGCAAGUGAGAAUGAGGCCCUCAAAAAGUUGGAUGCUACUCAGAAGGAGAUUGACGAUAUAAAAACAGCUACUCAGGAAGCAUUGAAGAAGGCAGAGAUGGCAGAAGCUGCCAAGAAGGCCGUAGAAGGGGAGCUUAGAAGAUGGCGAGAACGUGAUCAAAAGAAGGCAGCCGAGGCAGCUUCUCGUAUUCUUGCUGAACAGCAGAUGAACUACGAAUCAUCUCCUCAAGGUUACAGAGUUGAGAAGGAGAAGCCAUUGGAGAAGUUCAUGGAGUCGCAUUCAAAGAUGCACCCACCACCAGUGGAAACCUGGAAGCAAAACUCACAAGAGAAGAUAACGGAAUCACGCAAGUUGCAGAAAGCAAAGACAUCUGUGUCAAAGAAGAAGGUAUUGAUGCCUAAUAUCAGUGGCAUUUUUCAGAAGAAGAAAAACCAAGUAGAGGGAAGUUCUCCUUCAUAUCUGCCUGGAGAGAAGCCUGUUUGGUAGCACUUUGCCAAAAUUUUGUGUGCGCAAAAUAUGUGUGGUGGAGAGGAACCGUUCUAUAUGCCAUGGAUUGUGUAUAUCUGAAACCUGUGGAACGGCAUUUUCUUUUCCCUUUCACUUUUGGUAUUUAUUUUGUGUGUUUGAAAGUAAGUUAUUAAGAGUUAUAUGCAAUUGACUCGCAUAAAUAAGAUGCUUAUAAGACUCUUUUCUUGACCA